AUGGCAGACCACCCAAUUGACACUCCUCCCCGGGCUCCAUCUCCAAUCCACAGAUUCGGUACCCUCGCUGUUCAUGCAGGUUCCCCUCAUGAUCCCACCACUGGCGCAGUCAUCGAGCCCAUCUCCCUCAGCACAACCUUUGCGCAGACUGCGGUGGGCAAACCUGUCGGCCAGUAUGAGUAUAGUCGAUCUUCCAACCCCAAUCGCGUGAAUUUCGAGAAAGCUGUCGCAGCGCUCGAGCAUGCAAAGUACGCCUUGGCAUUUGCUUCGGGAUCAGCAACUACAGCCAUCAUUCUACAAAGCUUGGCUGCUGGAAGUCAUGUCGUUAGUGUCAGCGACGUUUACGGAGGAACCCACCGAUAUUUCACACAGGUCGCAAAGGCGCAUGGUGUCAAGGUUACUUUUACGCCGGAGAUCGAGGUUGAUAUCAGAGAUCACAUCACACCAGAGACGAAGCUGGUCUGGAUCGAAACCCCUUCAAACCCUACACUUCGUCUGGUCGAUAUUAGAGCCGUCGCAUCACAAGCACACGAACAUGGCAUCGUGGUAAUAGUCGACAACACCUUUCUCAGCCCCUACAUUCAGAACCCCCUCGACCAUGGAGCGGAUAUCGUCGUACACUCGGUCACCAAAUACAUCAACGGCCACUCAGACGUAGUUAUGGGUGUCGCAGCAUUCAACUCGGACGUUAUGAAGGAGAGACUAAGCUUCCUCCAAAACGCAAUUGGCGCCAUUCCCUCCGCAUUCGAUAGCUGGCUGGCUCACCGAGGACUCAAGACAUUGCAUCUAAGAGCAAGAGAAGCGACUACAAACGCCACAGCGGUCGCCAAAGCCCUCGAAGGCUCUCCCCAUGUCAUUUCAGUCAAUUACCCUGGCUUAGGCUCUCAUCCUCACCGUGCCAUCGCUCUUAAGCAGCACCGAAAUGGCAUGGGCGGUGGUAUGCUCUCCUUCCGCAUCAAAGGCGGCCACGCAGCAGCGGAGCGCUUCUGCCAAACCACCUCCCUCUUCACACUCGCUGAAAGCUUAGGCGGGAUCGAGAGUUUGAUCGAAGUUCCGAGUAGCAUGACGCAUGCGGGAAUUCCGAAGGAGCAGAGGGAGGCGGUGGGUGUCUUUGAUGAUCUGGUGAGGGUUAGCUGUGGGAUUGAAGAUGCGGAAGAUUUGAAGGCCGAUGUGCUGCAGGCGUUGGAGAAGGCAGUUGUGGCGUCAAAGAUUACGAAUAAAUUUGCAACGAAUGGGAAUGGACAUGCUUAG